AUGGCUUCUCCGCAUCGAAUUGUGAUUGAGCCUAUGACCCAGCAGCUUCUGGUCCAGAAUGCUAGUGAAGACUGGACAGGGGUCACUAGCACUGCCGAAAGACGAAAGUUGCAGAACCGGCUGAACAAAAGAUCGCAAUAUCUCAGAAAGCGACAGAAACUUGCAAAGAGUCGACAGGGCGACUUACCAAAGCCUUCGACAGAAAUCGCUGCCCAGACAUCUCCAAACUCCAUGAUACAAGCUAUUAUGGAAAUGUGCGAAGUAUUCAAUAGUCCAGAUAUCAGUCAAAGGGUAUUUGCACUCGCGAGUAUGGCUUAUUUGGACUACACCAUGAAUGCGCCACGGAUCUCACAACUGCCGUUUCUCAUCACAUUGAACGUCAACAUAGCCAUCGCCAAGAAUGCUACGCUGCUGGGAUUCGAUCGUGCGCUCAUGUGCAUUGACGAAGCUAUAUCACCCUUCAACCAAAAUGGACCUUGGCCACCUUCGUACAACCCACCAAAGGUCUUGGAACCGACACCUGUGCAAAAAGCUAUACUUCAUCAUCCUUGGCUUGACAUAUUUCCUUUCGCAAAGUUUAGAGAUAAUAUCAUUCUGGCAGCAGAUGCGGAGCUUUUGGAUGACGGGGAGCUGUGUGAGGAUGUGGCGGAGGCUAAUUUGCAGAAUACUGAGAGGCCGAGCUUGAUUGUAUGGGGCGAUGCUUCACUUCCACAUUCGUGGGAGGCUUCGCCUUUGUUUCUUCGGAAAUGGGGGUGGCUGCUUCAUGGUUGUCCGGAGAUGUUGGAGGCGACGAAUAGAUGGAGACAAAGCAGGGGCGAGAGGCUUUUGCAUUGGUAUAGUCAUUAA